UGCCAUCCAAGUUUUGACUGUGAUUCGUUGCAACUUUGUAAUCAACGCUAUGUUGGAGUCCUUUGUUGUAAAAUUUGUGUAGUGUCGUAAAAAUAGGCGCAGUGUUGGGGCUUGUGGCGAAUAUUUAUUGUUUGAUUCGUAAAAUGGGCUCAAUGCAAGUCGAUUGCGAUGUUCUUGACGACAGCGGCUGCGUCCAGGACGAUCCGCUGCAGAAGUCGGAGCCAGAGAGUCCAGUCCCACAAAUAAAUCUGUUGGAUCUGUCGGAUGAUGUGCUUCUGUACAUCCUACGACAUUGCUCUCCAAGGGAUCUCAAGGCACUUGGAUUCUCAUGCGCUCGUCUGGGUCGUCUGGUCCGCGAGCGCUCCCUGUGGCGGAGCGUGGACGCUCGCUCGGAGCUGUGCAGCCGGGCGCGCCUGUGCUGGCACCUCCAGCACACGUUGCACGCUGACACCAGGACCCUGCUGCUAACUGGAUACGCCAAAGUUGCCGCCGGGUGCCUCGGCCUCGCCAACAUAACGCGGAAAGAGGCAGAGGAUGAGAAGCAGAACUACAACCGGAGCGCCGGCAACAACGACGGAGACUUAGUUGUCUAUGAUGUCCAGCACGUGCGUGUGCCGGUGUUUGUGGAGCGUCACCGAGGCAGGUGCUUCUUCAACGGCCAGCGUUCCUCAGCUUUGGCACGCUACCGCGGUUCUCCAACUUGGCCGGGUCACGUGACGACGGGACGCGGCGGCGCGGCCGGGUGUCGCGGGCCGCAGUUCACGCUGUCGCGGCCGCUGUGCGCACGCCUCGCCGCCUGCUGCGCCAACCUGACCCACCUCGCGCUGGACUACUGCAACAUUGACUGCCAAGUUACAAGUCUGCAGCAGCUACCGAGGACGCUGAAGAAGCUGUCGCUCCGCGGCUCCAAGCUGUUCAACAUGACCAUAGACAAGUCGUUCCUUUUUAAAAUACAAGACUAUCAGCCAGGACUAGAGUCUCUGGACGUGUCGGAGUGCGAGUGGAUGGACCCGGCGUCGCUACUGCCUCUGAGCAAGCUGGAGGCGCUGACGGAGCUCAGCAUGCGCGACUGCCCGAAGCUGGCCGAGUUCGUCGCGUACGCGUCUCUCACAUCGCGAUACGGCUUCAAGACGCUCAAGUCGCUCGACCUGCGCGGUUCACCAGUGGGCGACUCCGAAGUGUCGGCUCUGGGCUGGCUGCCGCGGCUGGAGCGGCUGUGGCUGAGCGCCGCGCGCCGCCGCCAGCCGCCUCGACACCUGCACUACACGGACGACGAGCCCGCGCCGCACACCGAGCUCGACGACUGGGAGCAGGAGGAACCAGAAUACUUCAAACCAACAUGGACACCAGAAGAGUCGGAGAAAAGUGAAGCUUCCUCACACAGACCGGUCCAAUCAACAAGCACCGCAUUCCCAUCUACCAGCAGUCGAGCAGACGACAGCGCGAGCGACUCGCAGGCCAGUAGCGAAUACUCCCCGCCUAAGAAGAGGAAGCGAUACAAUGAGGUUGUCAUUGGCCAACGGACGGAGUCCAUAGACGCCAGAGACGGCGAGAAGUACAUACAUACUCUAGAGAUCAAAGUGACCAUAGACGACGAGGGAGAGACCAGAGACAAAGGUGAGGCCGACAAGAAGAGCAAAGAGAACGACACCAAAGCAUCAGGCAGCAGCAGUCCGAAAAAGGAUAGCCCCAAGAAGGAUCCAAAAGAUGAUAAGCCAAAACGAGAUGACGAUAAAGGUGCAGGCGCCAGCACAUCCAAAGCCGGCCCAUCCAAGUCCGAUAAGACUGAAGGCUACGUCUGCUUCCGACAAAACCGCAACCCCAUCUACGUCAACUUCAAGAAGACCGCCGAAAACGACAGCGACGACGAUGACGCCGACGACAAUGACGACGCCAAGAAAGAUAGCUCAGAUAAGGAAAAAGAUAGCAAAGAUAGCUCAGAUAAAGAUAGCAAAGAUGCUAAAGAUGAUUCCGAACCCGGUACUUCCAACGAAGGAGAGCGGUACGUGUGCUUCAGGAAGAAUCGAGAUCCGGUGUAUGUGAACUGCUCGCCUGAGCCGGCGCCGCCCCCGCGUCAGGUGAACUACCAAAUAGAGCCGAGACACCACGUCCUAUACGUCAACUUCGGCCCCCAACCCAGCACCUACCGCUUCCCCCGUGACGAAAACGACCAGCUCCGUUUGGACUUCAGAUCGUCCCACAUCAACCCGAGCUCUCUAGUCACCGAUUUCGCCAUCAGACGAUUCGGCCGCGCGGACGGUGAGGACGUAAAUAUUAUUAAUCUAGGCUACAUAUAUUACAACGACGCUCAGGGCAACAACGAUGUGAACAACUUCCGCCCAGACCGCUCCAACCUGAGGUUCCUCUCUGUGACUGGGUACAGAAAUAUAACGGACAGGAGUCUGGUCCACCUGGCUACGUCUGCCCCAUUCCUGACCGAGAUCGACUUCACCGAGACCAGUAUUACGGAGAGGGGUGCAGAGAACUUUAGGAGUCUUCGUCCGGACUGCCGUACAGGUGAAGAUGUGAUGCCGGGUAGUGUCCUCCUGCCGGCGACGCGGCGGGGGCGGUAUCUAGCCAACAUCGUCAGGAGACAGGCUGUGGACGGAACGGGCAUUAAAUUUAACAAAGAUGCUGAUAGAAUGAACGCGGAAGCGAAGAAGAAGGUGGACGUGCUGUCGGAGGAGCUGCUGCCGUACAUCAUAGCGGAACAGGAGCGGCGCACCACGCUGUACAAGCGCGUCAUGACCGCCGUGCAGAACGGCGAGAAGGGCAUCACCGUCGCCGAGAUACGGAACAAGCCGCCGCUUAUUAUACGACGAGGUCAGCUAUACCGGUGUCCGGCGAACCGCGCGCCGAAGGAGCCGGACGGCUCGGGGACUCUCAUGUGCGAGGAGGACAUAGAGCCGACACAGAUCUCGUACGACUCCUGUCUCAGCGCGGAGGACAGGGAACUUUAUGUCGCACGGAAUAAAUACUUCUUUUGCAACCGUCACCGUCUCGAAGGCCCCGACCUGCCGCGCAACGGCACGGCGGUGGUGGGGUGUUCGCCGGACGAGCGCACGUCCCUCAACUACACCUACCGCAAGUGCGCGCUCGAGGACUCCGAGGAUGUUGUUGUGCAUUUCAGAUACUAUCCGGAUAGAACGUACAAGUUCGUAAACGAGCUGGACCCGGAACGCGAGGUGUGCGAACACUGGAGCCCGUGCCAGAUCGGGUACAUCUACAGCCUGCCCGCCGCCGACCAGGCCGUGCCCGCCAGCGAGCUGUGGCAUGACAGCAUGAAGGAGAAUGUGCCACAUCUGGCUACCAACUACACCAGCAGCGCGCGCCGCGUGGACAUCCCCGACGGCUACGUGUACCGCCAGCUCGUGCACUCCAGCCCCGUCACCGGCAAGAAGGUCCCAGUCCCAGAGAAGUAUACGUCAGUGAAGAAGGACAACAACACGGUGACGGCCAAGCUGGUCUUCCCGUCGUGGUCGCGGGACAAGCACACGGGCGAAUACUAUGUCGAGGUAGUCAAGGGAGACAAGAAGAAGUAUAUUAAGUUCUUGACGCUGGCCAGCACCACCACAGCGCUGACCCCCCGCUCGCAGGGGGUGCUCCCUGGUCAGAAGGCGUCCCCCCCUUCUCGAAGGUCGAUGGCUGACCCAACCAAAGUGACCAUCCCUUUCCGAGCCACACGCAUCACCCUACUCAGCGUGCUGGUGCGCGCCACAGACGGCAGAGUGUAUAAUGUUGAGAACACCAAGUAUACGUAUGUGGAUUAUACGGACGUGUACGGCAGAUCGAACCAGUCCAUAACCAUAGACCUGGAAGGCUUGAGGGCUCAGGACUUCGGCGACUACUUUCUCGUAAUACAGAACUCCGACGGCAUCGAAGAGAGAAUUAAGUUCUUGGAACUGCUACGCCCUGAAAUAGAUAUUAAUCACGAGGUGGUACUAUCCCGCGUGACGCGAUCGAUCGCGGUCGGCGAACACUUCGACUACACGCUCCGCUACGAGUGCGCGGAGUGCAGCGUCGCGGACGUGCUGUGCAACGGCCGUAGCGUGCUCAGCGCCGGCCGCGUCACCGUCGUGCCCGCAUCCAACAUGAUCAGCUUCAACUUCCCCAGUUUCGAAGACGAAAACGCAUGUGUGUACAUGGGAUUCUUCAAACACAAAGACUCUAUAUUGCAGGAAAUUCUCGCAGUCAUUGACAAUAACUCUCCAGAAGUGACUGUCACACCCCAAACUGUGGAGUCGCCGAAGAUAGGCUCAGAGGUGCAGCCAGAAAUACCCUACACCUGCAAAACAUGUAGCGUCGAAAACGUGUACGUGAACGGCGUGGUGCUGGACAGCGAUCUCAGCGUGACCACGAACAAGGACGGCGUGCCCGACCCCUACUACGAGCUGAAGACGUCCCCGACAGCCAUACUGAUCACCAUAGCGGAGUUCACGGAGGUUUACCAGGGGGUCUACCAGGCGGUAUUCAAGGAGGCGGGGCAGACCAUCACCAAGACGGUCAUGGAGAUCAAGUGA